UAGAGCUGUGAGCAUGUCCACACCGGACUACAGACCUCCCCGCAAGUCGGCAGUGUUGGAAGACAAUGGAGUGCCGAACGAAAUUGUCAAAUCGCCCACCCAACUGCAACCUGCAGCACCUCCGCCGUCCGUAAACGGCGGACGGCGACCAAUGCCCAAACCGAGAAAUCCAAAACCUCUUUCACCAAUGGGAGCUGCUCCAACGCCUCACUUGUGGAGCCAGGGUCUUCUCUGCAAAACCCCGCCGUGCCAGCUCCGACGCCGCAUCAACUACGCGGAGACGGGCAAGCUCUACCUCCGCACGUUAUUGGACCCAAUCCUCCACCGCCAGCAUGGUCCGCGCCACCACUUUACAAUGACCAGCAGCCAGGCGGCCCGCCGCCGCCACCGUAUCAAAUCGGGCCUGGCGCUCUCGCCAAUCCUCUCGAACGGAGUGGCGUGGGAGCUCAAAACGAUAAGAAAGGGGGUCCCGCCGAUUUCAGAGUGCGUGUGCAAGGCAGCUACAUGUUCUGCACCACGUGGAGAGGUAUUAUUGAGAUAAUUGCAAGAGCCGCAGUAAUGGUAGUGGCAGUGAUAAGUUUUCUUUUGUCACCGAUCCACAUCAGGACAAUCCAAUCAAAUCAAUAUCUCGACCUCAUACUUAUGGCUCCUGCUACUACCUCGCCCAUACCAGAGACACAGGCUCUCAUAAGGGGCUCUGUGAAUGUGGCAGGCUUCAUGAUAUUCCUGAGUAUCGUCUGCUUUAUCGUCCAGAUCCCAACCAUUGUUGGGAGGUUCAUCCUCAAAGGUGGCACCGCACUGAUUUUUGUUCUGCAUGUUGUGGAUGCAGUAGCCAGUGGUGUCCUGGCUGUGUUCUUCCUAUGUGGAGCUAUAGCGGCUGGAGCCUACGGAGGGCAGUGGGGUGAGCCACCUCAGAUCUGUACAGAGGGGUUCAUUGACCAGAUCAAGAAGACCCUUGACGAUCUUGGUGUUUCAUCUUCUGGAAUCACUUUCUCCUGUAAUGAGGGCACUCUGGCUGCCCAGCUGGGAGGUCUAUCUGUAGUUGGGCUUGUUGGAGGGGGUUUGACAAUUUUCUUGGCCGUGUGGACAGUAUAUGCGCUGUACGCCAAGUGGGAUUAUGCCAGCAAUGUGUACAAAGAGGACGUGGAAGACAACGUCAAUGGAAUUUGAAAUUGAAGACUGUAAAUUGUUGAUGAACAGUGUCUGUGUGUAAGCAUGACAGCUCCAAAUGAUGGUAUUGUAGAAGCAACAAGACAUGAUUAAAAAAACAACAGUAUAUAGAAGAGAAAUACCAAAAGAGCGGCACGGAUGAUCAUUGCUUACGCAUGCGCAGUGCCCACACCCGGCGCGGCGGCGACAAUCUAUGUAGUCAGAUUUCAGCCAAAGGGGCUCAGAUGUGUUGACUGAGCUGUAUCUCAAAUGCUGUAUGGUGG